CCAAAACCCGAGUGUGAUUAUUUUCAUAGUUUCAUUAUAGAGUAGAGUAGUUGUCUGUGAUGGAGUGAUAUGUUGUACGGUAUUUAACGCGUUGCAUCUUUAUUAUUUAUUUUUCCUGUGCUUUGUGUGUGGAUUAAUAAAAACCUUGUCCAAUCACACAAUAUUAUUAAUAUUUAUUUAAACAAUAUAAUUUUAUAAUUAUUUAUAAUUUCGCCACUAACAGACGUAUUUUAUUAUUAAAUAAAAUUCCCUCGUGUUAAUAACAAGUAAACAAGUAUAAUAUAACCUAACGACGCGAACAAAAGGAAUCAUCAGUAACCAUGUUUUCGGAUGUUUGAUAUUUAAAUAUUAUAUAUUUUUUAUCUCAUUGGGAGAUCAGUGGACCAUCAAACGAAAUAAAGACAACAAAAAAUAACCAUGUGGUCGUCGCAGGGAAAUGUUAAUAGCUCGUAUAAUAAUUCAGCAACAAGUACAGCAGCAACUACAGCCACAACGUCGCCAAAUUCACGAUCACUUGGUAUGACCUCGGCGAUAAGUGUCGCUGAACCAAAGCCUAGUGACUUAGCACGGACUAAUGAGUUGAGAGAAGCACUUAAACCUUACAAUGUAUUUGAAUCUGAGGAGGAAUUAAAUCAUCGAAUGGAAAUUCUUAGUAAAUUAAACGCACUAGUGAAACAGUGGAUCAAGGAAACGAGUGUUGCGAGAAACAUGCCCUCAAAUAUUGCUGAGAAUGUUGGCGGUAAAAUAUAUACAUUUGGGUCUUACAGACUGGGAGUCCAUCAUAAAGGUGCUGAUAUUGAUGCACUGUGUGUUGUACCUCGUCAUAUAUAUAGAUCAGAUUAUUUCACAUCAUUUUUUGAUUUACUUAAGCAACAAAAAGAAGUCACUGAUUUAAGAGCCGUCGAGGAAGCUUUUGUACCGGUUAUUAAAAUGAAUUUUGAUGGUAUUGAAAUUGAUAUGUUGUUUGCUAAGUUAGCGCUCAAGGAAAUACCUGACACGAUGGAUUUAAGAGACGAUAUGUUACUGAAAAAUUUAGAUCAGAAAUGUGUGAGAAGUCUUAACGGUUGUCGAGUUACAGAUGAAAUUCUACGGCUAGUUCCUAAUAUAGAAAACUUUAGAUUAGCGCUUCGCGCUAUUAAAUUAUGGGCGAAACGACAUGGAAUUUACAGUAAUGUGCUAGGAUAUCUUGGUGGAGUAUCUUGGGCGAUGCUGGUUGCAAGAACGUGUCAAUUAUACCCCAACGCAGUAGCAGCAACACUUAUCGAAAAGUUUUUCCUGGUAUUUUCCCGAUGGAAGUGGCCACAGCCAGUAUUGCUAAAGCAACCUGACAAUGUCAAUUUGGGUUUCCCAGUAUGGGAUCCAAGGGUCAAUGUAGCAGAUCGGUAUCACUUGAUGCCCAUCAUAACUCCCGCGUAUCCUCAGCAAAACUCGACAUUCAAUGUCUCCGCGUCGACAAGAACGAUAAUGCAAGAAGCGUUUGAAUCCGGCCUCUCAGCGACUGAGGAAAUAAUAAUGGGCAAAGCAUCGUGGGAUAAAUUAUUUGAACCACCAAAUUUCUUUUGCAAAUACAAACACUACAUUGUUCUGCUGGCAAGAAGUGCCAGCGCAGAAGAUCAGCUCGAGUGGUGCGGACUCGUUGAAUCUAAAAUACGUCACUUAAUAGGUACAUUAGAGAGGAAUCAACACAUUACGCUGGCACACGUCAACCCAGAAGGAUUUCCGCCUUUGAGUACUGAAGAAAGUCGUUUUUGUUCAAUGUGGUUUAUUGGAUUACUCUUCGCAAAGUGUGAAAAUUUAAACGUCGAUCUCACAUACGACAUCAAAUCAUUUGUUGACUCAAUUGAGAAGCAAGCCGAGCAGCUGAGUAUGCUGAAAGCAGGUAUGUGGAUAGAAGCUAAACACGUCAAGCGGAAGGAUUUGCACAAUUAUGUUACGCCAAAACUAUUGAAACGUGAAAGAAAGGCAUUGUCGCAGAUAUCCGGUGCUAGGAAUGGUAACGUAAGUGGAAAUCUCGGCACAACAUCACCAAGAAAUCAAGAGAUUGCUAAGAAACGCCGCUCGGAUCCUAACGCCGACUUGGAUGGGAAAAAACGACGCGUUGUUGAGGGCGAGCAACCAAUGUCUCAAGGCGAUGAUAGCAGCUCACUCGUAGUAGACGGUUGUGAUGACAGUAAUUCUGGGUUCAGUUUGGACGAAUACAAACAGAAUUUAACAACUGGAAAGGAUGAAACAUCAAACUCGGGGACAACAACGUCGACAUCUUCAGCAGCAACUGCGGCUGCAACAAAGCCACCAGUUGUCCAAGAAGUGUGCACUUGACCACAAUGUGACUCCCGCAUUCCCACAGACCGUCGUCAAUCUACGGAUUCUCGUCCAGGUUAUUUAGACUAUAAACCAUCACUUUCAAGCCACUGUCCACUGCCCACUUUAUAAACUCCCGAAAAAGAAAAAAAAGAAAGAAAAAAUUAAGAAAAAUAAUUUGGUAACACGGUUUAAAAAUAGAGUAAAGUCUUUUUUUAAACGUACGUUAAUUAGAUUGCCGAUUGUUCAUCGACCGAAUCACAUUUUAUCAACCUGGUAAGUUGUAAUGUAACAAGUCGAUGCAACAGUCGAUUAUAUAAUCGAGACACUGACACUGGAGACAUCCAUCGAGAUUAAUGUGUCCAAUUAAUAUUUGAAUCUAUAUAUAAAUAUAUAUAUAUAUAUUUUUUUUUCUUUUUAUUUUAUUUAAAAAUCAGUGAAAUAACGAAAUUUUUUUUUUCUUUUUUUACUCUUUAAUAUUAAUUAUAAUUAAUUACAAUACUUUAAUAUACUUCCAAAUAUCUUAAGUAUGGAAGUACGUAUAUUUUAUUUAUGUUAACAGAGACGUAAUUUACCACAGCAAAUCGUGAAGUUGAAGACUAAAAAAUUAAAAAAAAGUAUAUCAACUAUAAAUAUUUGAAUUAUUUAUAAUUAUUUUUUUUAUAAUUCUUUUGUAGUCAUUUCCAAAGUAAUGAUUAAACUCCUGUAGAUAAUUAUACUUUUAAAAGUAACAUUGUUCAUCUCACAUUAAAUUUUUUUAAAAAAUCAACUCUCAAUCAUACUGUAAAAAAUAAUUAGCCUGACAAAGUAUUCGCUCGGACAUUACUCAUCUAUAAAUAAAUAAAUCAUUGUACGGACUAAGUAUCAAAGUAUAAAAUCAUGAAGAAUAAAUAUUUAAAUAUUUAAAAUUAACUACAUACUUAUGAUAUAAUGCACAUUAAAUUAGCGUUAACAUAAAUGUAUCAUCUUAUUAGAUUAGAUCACUAGUUAAAUAACUUCAUUUUGACGUAGACAAAUAAUAAUUAUUAUAAAUGUCUAGAUAAAUUGACAUGAUUGUAAUAAAUCUUUGGACAUGACUACGAAGAUACGUUUAGUCUAAGAAACUAAUUUAAAUUAUUACUUAUUGUUUCUUCAGCAUAAUAAAUACAACUGGAAAAAAAGGAUUUUAAUAUUCUUGGUUACGGUCAUAAUUCAAUGUACAUAUUUAAUAUUAUUAUUAUUAUUAUUAUUAUUAUUAUUAUUAUUAUUAUUAUUAUUAUUAAUGUACGAGAUUAAUUAUCUCGAGGAAUCGUAUAAACCUUCACGACAGUGGACGUUUUUGCGUCAAUAUGUAUAUUUAAUUUUUAGAUAAUUAUAUAAACUGAUCAAUUGAUGGCUGGGAAAGUUCGGCGGAUCUUAAUUAAAUAAACGUAAAAAAUUUUUAACUUAAAUAAACAAUUAAUGACUAUUAUAAUUACUAUUAUAUAAUCUUAGGAUAGAUAUUGGAUUUGAAAUAAAUGGUAGCAAUGAAGCUACGGAGCCGAACCUUCCAGCAUCACUGGCCAAUAUUUAUGGGAAUUAUGAUUCUGACGAUAAUAAUUAUGUGUCCAUUAGAUAAAGUAUUUCAGUGGACAAUGAGGAAUUUUUGUUGUCGAUCGUAAUGCCAAUUAAAAUGCUCGUUUUAUAUAUUAUUAUUAAAAAUUAAAUAAAUAUCCGGUUUAAGACUAGACUGUACUGGGCUUAUUACUGAUAAUAUAACACUGUAUACUUCAUGUAUCUUUCAUCAAUAAAGUGGAAAUAAAUUUUCUUUCACUACCACCAAU